CGUCGGCGCCGCGGCCUCUCCCGUCUUUGGCCGCUCGCAGCAUGAGGACCGUUAGCAGGAGCUUGAGGGCCCGCACGCUGCGCUCCCUGACGCGCGGGCCGCUGGGUCUCAGCCGCCGUGCCGCGUCCUCGUUCAUGACCUCCUACGAGGCCCACAAGGCGGAACGCGCUGCUCAGGGCAUCGUGCCGCUCCCGCUCGACGCCACGCAGACCGCGUCGCUCAUCGAAGAGAUGAAGACGUCGCAAGACCCGAAGCUCCUCGCGCUCCUCGAGCACCGGGUGCCGCCCGGCGUCGACGAGGCGGCGUACGUCAAGGCGGACUACCUGGCGGCCCUCGCCAAAGGGACGGAGACGAACGACCUCAUUAGCAAGAAGAAGGCGGUCGAGCUGCUCGGCACCAUGCAGGGGGGAUACAACAUCGCGCCGCUGAUCGACGCGCUCGAGGACGCCGAGGUCGCAGAGACGGCUUGCACGGCGCUCAAGCACACGAUCCUGGUGUUCGACGCGUUCCACGACGUCAAGGCGAAGAUGGAUGCGGGCAACGAGUACGCAAAGAAGGUCAUCGAGUCGUGGGCCGCGGCGGAGUGGUUCACCUCGAAGCCAGAGGUCAAGGAGAAGCUGACCUUCACCGUCUUCAAGGUUGCGGGCGAGACCAACACCGACGACCUCUCCCCCGCGCCAGACGCGUGGUCGCGUCCCGACAUCCCGCUGCAUGCGUUGGCGAUGCUCAAGUUCGACCGUGCAGACGGCUUCUUCACCGGCCAACAGGACGGCUGCAAGGACGUGCUCGAGAUUGAGGGCGAGAUCAUCGACGGCCUCAAGUGCGAGCAGGUCUUCGAGCUCUCCGACGCCUCCGCCGAGCGCUCGGCCGCUGGCUGCGCCGUCAAGGUCGGCGAGGAGUCGAUUUCCGAGUACCUCACCUCCAACAUCACGAUGCUCAAGUGGAUGGUGUCCGAGGGCUACGGCGACCCGAGGACGCUCCAGCGGCGCGCCGCUUCGAUGCAGAACUGGCUCGACGCCCCGUCGCCGAAGCUCAUGGCGGCCGACGCGAGCGCGACGUACCACACGACGAUCGAGAUUCCCCUCGAGGAGAUCACCGAGGGCCCUCACGGCGACGGGACCAACACUCCGAUCGACGAGGUGUUCAUCGGCUCGUGCAUGACCAACAUCGGCCACUUCCGCGCCGCCGGCAAGAUGCUCGACGAAGAGGGCUUCUUCGCCAUCUACGGCAAGGUGGGCGCGCGCACCGAGAUGCCGGGCUGCUCGCUGUGCAUGGGCAACCAGGCGCGCGUGGCGGACAAGGCGACGGUCGUCUCGACCUCCACGCGCAACUUCCCCAACCGGCUGGGCAAGGGCGCCAACGUCUACCUCGCCUCCGCAGAGCUCGCGGCGGUGGCGGCCAUCAAAGGCAGGCUGCCGACGCCGGCCGAGUACCUGGAGGAGUGGAAGAAGGUUGACAGCAAAUCCGCCGACGUGUACAAGUACCUCAACUUCGACACGCUGGACAGCUACCAAUCCUCGGCCGACAAAAUCGAAAUCUCGGAGGAGAUUCAAGCCGCCGCCGCGAAGCUCUAGGGCUCAGAGUGCGGCGCGGUAAGACACAGCCACCCCGAGCAUUCACCGUUGCGGCGGCAGUUGGCUGGCUCUCCCACCGCUCAGGCGAGUUGGUCGGCAAUGGGCUCUCGGACUCGCCUAGUCCUUGGUGGGUCGGCGACGGCACAUCGGGCGGGCGGGACGCCUGGGUGUGGUGCGUGCGGGUGAGGGGCGUGUCGGUGGGUGCGUCUGUGCGGCAUGCGACACUCUCGGAUCGAUGGGGUGCACAUCGUCCUCGGCACCCUCAUCGCGCGGUACUAGCGGCGACUACACACAGGGGACUCCCCCCGCCCGCCCCAUUUGUGCGGCGCUUCUCGUGCGUCGUGGGGGCGAGGCUUGGGAGGUUCAGGUUGGCGACGGUUUAUUCACCUUUCUUGUUUCUACGUGGCUGGGUUCACAGCGAUUGU